AUGGUUAGGACGUUGGGAGCACACACCAUGUCAAUUGAUGUGCGCAAUGCCAUUCUACGAGGAAUUGAACAAGGAAUGAAACAAACCGAACUAGCAAGACUUUUUCACGUUCAUAAAUCAACUAUUUGCCAUUUUCUGAAGAGAUUCUCCGCAGAUGGAGUGAUUGCACCAGCGCCGAUUCCAGGACGAAGCCGGAUGACCUCACGACUUACCGACAGAAACAUCCUCCGAUUAAGUCGUGGCAAUCCCAGGCUCACUUCCACCGACAUCCAAAGGGAACUGGCCGUUGCCAGUGAACAAAUUCCGUCGACAAGAACUAUUCGGAGACGUUUACAAGCUGCCGGGCUAAAUGGAAGGCGUCCUGCGAAGAAGCCGUUGAUUUCGGAGAAGAAUCGUGGUGCUCGUGUCAGGUGGGCACAGGAGCAUAUCGGUUGGACUCGCCAGCAAUGGAAUAAUGUUCUAUUUUCUGACGAAUCCAAGUUCAACCUGAUGGGAAGUGACGGGAUCAAGUAUAUCAGACGUCCACUCGGCAGAAGAUUCGAUCCUUUGUAUCAGCUGCCCACUGUGAAGCAUGGUGGAGGGAACGUGAUGAUUUGGGGAUGCUUCAGUGGUCAUGGAAUCGGACCUCUUCGCCAAAUUCAUGGAGAUUUGGAUAGAUAUGGAUAUGAAGAUAUCUUAGAAACAACUAUGCGUCCAUUUGCACUCCAGAAUUCGGCCGAAAAAUUUGCUCAGCUUGAAGAAGCCUGGAAAAGUAUCCCACAGUCUUUCCUCGACACUUUGUUAGAUUCGAUGCCACGAAGAUGUCAGGCUGUCAUUGAUGCUAAGGGGUUGAUUUCGAAUACGAAUCAACAACGAGAAUAUUAUUACACUUUGUCGGCGGCUCUAGGGUUUGCGGAUCCAACGGCUCAGUACGAGACCACCAGAGCUCACGUAGAGUUUAUAGACUUUAAGAACUUCAUUAGACUAACCAUAAGUGCGAUGGUGUUGAUAGCGAGCCUUGAUCCGGUGAAG